AGAUUGUAGAUGUUCAUCAACUCCCUCCAAAAGUAGAAAAGUCCUCGAGUAAUGAUCUACGGGAAUUGGUGAAGUAAAGCUGCUAGCCCACGUGCUAUAGCAACCUCCUCGGUUGACUUAUAUUAUGGUGAUAGCACCAAUAAUUAGCCGCUGAUAUCGCUAUCUUCCUGCAAAGUAACUAAGAGUCCCGGUCUGGUAUCCGUAACGCGGUUGUAAAGUGGUCGAUCCUUUGAAAACCUCACUUUAGAAGCCAAGUUAAUUCAUACGCGCUGGCAACCAUGUCAAAGUACGCGUACACUCGACGGAACCCGUCUCCGUACAGCGCUCUGACGAGCGGGCCUCCCACCAUUACCAAAGACGACUAUAGCUACAUCACAUCGCGGGAACUAGACGAGCCAAUUCAUGACCGUCGCCGACACCAAGUAAAUAUACAUACGUUGCCAAAUCCAGAAGACGAUAUACUACUCCUCAAGAACAGGGGUAUCACGUAUCCAAUUCAUUUCCCCGCAUAUACGAUUGGGGAUGGUAGGCUACAGGUCAGGGAUGUAAAAAACCGAGUCGGACUUGUGAUGAAUCUUGACGAGCGAACGCUAGAGCGUGUCAAGCUGACCUACAAAGGCUGUGGGCUUGAGCACGCUUCCACGCCUGUCCGGGAAUACGGCGUAAAGAACAAGAGUGAGAUCACUGCGGUCGUGCCUCGGAGAUUCGAGGGCAGUGCAUCGGAUGGAGAAACAGUCGUAGUUAGGGAGCCUGACAGCGGGAAGAAGACUAGGGGCCGUAAGGGUAAGAAAAUCAAGGAGGAGGCAGCCCACAGGGCCGGCAAAGACUCGGCCGACAGGCACCAUGACAGCCGUUCCAUGUUCGACCCGCCUGACUACACUCCUGCUGAUAGACCAGGCGCCAGCUCCUUAAAAAAGCUCGACGAGCUCGCCGCCGAGUUCACGACCAAGUGGCUGCCACUAUGCGUGCAGUUCACGGCCUCGAUACGCAAAGACGCGGAGAAGCGCGAGGAUGAGCAUCGCAAGAUCUCCGAGUCCAUGCUGCAGCAAAUUAUACUAAGGCUCGAUGAAGUGCAGACAGAUGGCAUUGACGAGGUGAAGACACGCCGCAAGGCGCUGGUCAGGGAGGUCCAAGAGGCGUUGAAGGCAAUUGAUGCAGCCAAGGCGUCGUUAUCGUACCGGUAUGAUUAG